AUGGCUUCGUACCAAGGGACUACCGUCUCCCAACCACUUUAUCACUGGGAUCCAAAAUUUGAUUCGCAAAGAAGAGUGAGCGAUCGACUUGAUGAACCAUUUGACUAUGUGAGAGACGAACAGGAUGUCGAUUCGGGCCUCAUAAGUCGUUUUAUGCAGGUUUUUGAUGAGAACGACUCUUGCAACACUGCUACUGACUUGGUGGUGAAAUUUUGUAAAGGUGCGGAGCUCCACAACCUGCAGCAGGAUUUAGGUGGAACUACAGAGCGUACCGCAUUACUAAACGACAGCGGUGGCUUGACGGCGCGGGACCUCUAUCAAGCGUUAAUAAAACCGAAGAAAGUGAGAAAAGGUCUAACGUAUAUACACAAGGGGCGUAUUCAUCAUAGGAAGGAAGCGACCAAUCAAAUUGGGAAGCCAGAAACAGAGAUUUAUAUCGCGAACUUGAAUCGCUGGUCCGUUGUGGCUCUUGCAGCUACCACCUCCAAUCGACUGGUUGCCAUCCUCGGCGAAUUCAUCUUCAACCAUUUAAAAUUCGAUCCGUUGAUAAAUGCCAAGAUACAUCAUAUUGGUUUUCCGAUUUUCUCACUGGAAUUUCAUCUACCUUAUUUUCCAUUACGUCGGCACCGAUUACCGCAAAUGGAUAAUCGACAGGCUCCCAAUGGCAACGGUACGCUAAGAGGCUAUCAAGAUAUAUCGUUCCUUCGGACAAUGGGCACCAAGGUAGACAACAGUUUAACGGAAUACGUAUACGAUGCUCGGCUUUCCUGCUUGGUUUGUGGGUCUAAUUCUUCCUCAUGGUCGGUCUACCUUUUUAACGACUUAUACUUCGAGACGGAGGAAGAAUCCGAGAGCAUCAGAGGAUAUCAUGAGGACAGGAGCUCAGGGUUCGAGUCGGAUCCUUUCACGGCUGGAAAAUUGCCCCCAGGCAGUUUACCCCGCGAUCCAAGGGAAUAUGUUCUCAUAGUCCUUGAAAUUCGCAUGCGGAAGGUGAAGAAGGAAUGGCAACAACUUUUCGAAGCUAUAGACGAGGCUAUUAAGACAUACAGGAAUGACUAUUGGACUAAAACAAGUUUGACAGAAGCAUUACGUAGGGCUAACGACCAAAAAGCCCGUGCGGAUGCCGAUAGACAACGAUCCCAGCUACGGGAGGAACUCCAAGAGUGGAUGCGUCGCAGCGUUGAGUUCCUGAGGAAGCUUAUUGGUCCUCUGAAGCAAUACACAGAGGAAUGGGAAGAAUUCCGUAAAACCGGCAUGAAUUACUUUACGUCGGCUGCUGAUCCCGAGCGUUCGGAUAGGCUUGUUAAGUCUCUCGGCGCUGUAGACCUGGAGUUCAAAGACCUAGGACGUCUCCUGCCCAAACUCAAUCAUAUCAUGGAUUGUCUCUGUGAGGACAUGUCUCGCGAUGUUAAUCUCCGUAUUGCUCACGAAAAUAACGAAUCUGCUCUAUUGCAGCAAAGGACAGCAAUGGACUUGAAAGUUCUUACUUGGAUCACAUUUCUCGUUCUUCCACUAACGCUAGCUUCUAGCCUUCUUAGCACUCAAGAAGGUUAUAUUCCAAUCAAGCCAAGCCCGUGGGCUCUGCUGGCCUGGGUCGCUAUCUUGGAAAUUCGUGAGCAGCAUGCCGGUCCACUAAACAGAGUCAAAGUGACAACUGCUAACUCAGUAUGGUAUAGUGAUAUGGGUCGCCUUGGGGUCGCUCGUGGGUUGGGAUUCGCUCAGGGAGAGAAUCCGGAGAGUGCGCCGCCGACUGGGGAUUAAGGAUAAGGACCUAGAAGAUAUUGAACUUCGACAACUAGAAGGGUUAACAUAGGUCCCAGCCGGGAACUACGGCAUCGAAAGAUAAGUUAAAUUCACAUCAGUUCCGACGAUGCUUCGUAUGGUAAAAACAUCUUUCUCUCUUCUAUGCGCCAUAUUCUACCCUGGUCCUGGUCCCUCGACGAUAUUCUGCCGAUGUUGCGGGUUAGCACAACUACAUGAUCCCUUUCACAUUGCUCGGAACACCAACAUGUUAUGUAUCGGUGAUAUCCAAAUUUAUGUUGAACCUUUCUAGCCCUAACUCCUUAAACGAAUAGAAAAGAAUACGACUGGUGCGCUUGGCCGCGGGGGUCGCAUCCGAGUUUCCCUUUUCAACUCCUGACUUGAAUCUUGUCGACCCUACAGUAUGCGCAUCUUGGGGUCCCACAAUUCUCGCAUGGCUCGAUGUGGAUAUUCAUUCUUGGGUGGCCGCAGGAGCACUACUAAGCGUUAAUAACUUCAGAUAUUCAUGGAGCUGGGCAUACUCCAAAUUCACAACUCACACAACUCCAGAUCCAUACCCAGCGCUUUCUUGGCUAGCAAUAUCAUGGAACUCAGCACGUGAUCCUCUCAAGCUGAUCUUAUCAAGCGGGUUACAACUAACCAUGAGCAAUCAUGCAAUGGAUCAAAUCGGCUAGGCCACAGAACCAGCUUUG